AUGGAUUGCCGUCAUAACCACCCACGUCCAAAGGAUCUUCAUGGACAUUAUAGAUCCGGAAGACUCAAAGCUAAUGAAUAUGCGGAGUUAGAUAAAAUGACACGAGCACGUAUGCCACCAAGACAAAUUCUUAGCAAGUUGAAGGCGGAUGAUAAGAACGAGAAGACUACGUUGCAACAAAUCUAUAACGCGAGAAGUACUUUGAGAAGAAGGGAUUUGCAAGUUAGGUUGGUGAUGCAACAAUUAUGGUGGUUGGCGCAAAAGAAUAACUAUUCUUGCCAAAAGAAAUUGGAUGAAUUCGUCCAUGUGACGCACCUUUUUAUUGCCCAUCCAGAAUGCGUAAAGUUGGCGUUAUGCUUCCCACAAGUUCUCAUAUUGGAUUGCACUUACAAGACCAAUAAGUAUGAGAUGCCAUUGAUGAAUGUGGUUGGUCAUACGUCAACCAAGUCACCUUUCACCGUUGCUUUUUGUUUUUUGCAUGAUGAGUUGAAAGAAAGCUAUGUUUGGGCAUUGGAACAAGUGAAGUUAAUCUUCCGGGAGGAUGCUCUUCCAAAGGUCAUAGUAACCGACCAAGAGGUGGCAUUGAUGUUUGGUAUAAGGAAGGUAUUCCCGAACGCGCAAAAAUUUCUUUGUACCUUUCAUGUAUGGAAUAAUGUUAGGAAAAAAUGCCAACGGAUAAUUCAACCACUCAAGUUGAAAGAGCUAGAGGCGAUUGUUAAGUUACCGGAUGGAGAACGAGAAGUGAAGAAGAAAAAAUUCAAGAAAGCAUACAAGGUUAAUGAAAGGAUGUGGGCAUGUUUCUCCAACGAUUGGGAUGCUUUGCAAUGGUCAAUCACCGAAGAAGUGUACGAAGAAAAUGUUGCAAAACUCAUUGCGAAUUGGGGCGUCAGAUACUCGGAAAUCAUUAUAUAUUUACGCAAGCAAUUCUUGGAUACCAACAAACAUAGAUUUGUUAGUGCAUUUAAAAACCACCACAAGCACUUCGACAACCAAGCUACAAGUAUGGUAGAGUCGGCUCACUAUCGUUUGAAGAGGAAUCUAUUUGGGUGCGUGGACAAGUUCGUCAUGGUGUUUGACGCAAUGGAAGACUAUUUCAUGAGUGAUGUUAUAAGAAUUAAAACGUUACUCGAAAAAAGUCUAAUGAUGAAGCAUGAUGAUUACCCGGAUGAUAAGUGGCUCCGGGAACUAACCCAUAGGGUCUCUCAUUUGUGCCUUGAACUUAUAAUGAAGGAAGUGGAUUUGAUGGAAAAAAUGGAUGUUAACUCCCAAGAAGAGUGUAUUUGUAAAAUGAGGGAAAGCAUGGGACUUCCAUGUCGGCAUGAUCUACUUCGGUACAAGGAUUGCAUGGUACAUUUUGAGGAUAUUGAUCCUCAUUGGAAACAAUUGAGUUGUGAUCCCAUGCCCGACGAGGACGAUGCUGUAGAGAUUUGGGACACACCUUAUGGGAAAAGGUUGGCCGAAAUGUAUCGUGGUAUGUUCCGAGCUCAGAAACAAAUCUUAUGGCACAACAUGAUGCCAAUCCUCUAUCCUUACACCCAACAAGGUAUAAAAGAACCGGAAAAAGGGUCACAAAAAGGUAGGCCACCCUCGAAAGAAACCCGAAAAGAACAAAGAGCAAAAGCGUAUGCUCUUUCCAAAACAAGGGGUCCUACCAAAAGAGAUCCAUCCGGGGUCGAGUACCAUGAUGCUGAGUACGAAGAAGAGAAGAAGGCAAUAGAGAAGUUAGACAAGAUGAAUGAAGUGAAACUAUCAAAGAAACGUGGUCGACCAAGCAAGAAUAAAGGUGAAACAAGUAACAAAGAAGUUAAGAAUAGUGGUCCUCUAUGUCCUCCCCCAUUGUAA